GUGUGUUUCACUUUGUGACUGCAGUUCCACUCACUCUCGCCCUCCCCCCCUCGCCUUCCCCGCGCGCUACCGAGUAUGCCGCGCGUUGGCCGCCACGAGAUCAGAAUCGCCCUUCUACUCUUGGGUCUGGUCGUUCUGGCGUACUGCCUGCACUCCAGACGUGCUCGAGGCGGAGCGACUCCCAGCCAACCGACCAGUCCAUGGGGAGCAGGCGUUGGGCCACUCGGCUUCCCAUGGAUGGACCAGCAAGAUCGCUCUGCUGCAGAAGAUUCCAACCAGGCCAACGGGAUUGUACCCGAAGCCGCGCGGAAGGAGCCCAUCAACGUCAUGAUCAGCUCUGACGCACAGACCGUCAUGGGCGUCCCAACGCUCAUCCAGUCCAUCUUUGCGCAAACUCCCGAGCCAGAGCGAGUCGUGUUUUACAUUGCUGUUGGAUCCGACACGGAGCUGCUGCGUCUGCAACGGUGGAUUUCGCUGUCCUUCUGGCAGUACAGCGAGUCUCAGUUUGUGCUCAAGGUGUUCCCAGUGGAAUGGGUCGCCAAUAAAAUCAAGAUUCGAGGCCGGAGAACCGAACUCGCGUCACCUGCAAAUUAUGCUCGGUAUUACGUGCUGGAUCUAUUUCCGGGCAUCUCUAAACGAGUCAUUUACCUCGACACCGAUGUUAUAGUCCGAGGCGACAUUGCCGAGUUUUACAAGUUUCCCCUCGGCCCGGACAAGAUUGCCGCCUUUGCACAAGACUGCUCGCGGAACAAGUACAAGUUUUUCAUCAAUUUCGAAAACGCAAAGGUCCAGGCCCUCAACAUCGACCCAGACACUUGCAGUUUCAACGCUGGCGUGUACGUGACUGACUUGGUGCGAUGGAAGAAGCACAACAUUACCAGCGAACUCGAGUACUGGAUGGAGCUCAACACGCGCGAGAACGUUUACGGCGGCCAGGGCUCUGGUGGAGGCUCGCAACCGCCAGUGCUGCUGGCGCUUUUCGGGCACGUUGUCGAUCUCGAUCCGAAAUGGCACGUGCGGCACCUCGGCUGGCAUGGAAGCAAUUCGUAUCAAAAAGAGUACGUGGACGAGGCCAAACUGCUGCAUUGGAAUGGCCAAGGAAAGCCGUGGCUGCGAAAGACGGUCGGCGUCGCCAACUUUGUGCACAAGUGGCGCGAGUUUUGCGUGCCCGAGCCUCCAUUGGCGGACGACGCGUGCACUCUGCAAGCCGAAGGCGAAAUUGAUGCCAUCUACGUCUCCGACCAGGUGCUGGAUCCCUUUGACUGCGCAAGUUUGCGAGAAGAUUACCAGACUCAGUUGUCCGACAACAUUGCGCUCGAUUGCAAGUUUCCCGUCGAGGUUCCUGACGAGCGGUGAAUGGUUUCCAAGUUUGGAGGUUUUCUCCUGAAUUGUUAAGGCUCUUUUGUUUUGAUUUUUUGUGUCUUGUUACCAUGAGCGAUGAGUUGGAGG